AUGGGCCCCUUCCUCGAUCUCCUCGAAGAGUACUACAUCAAGCGCGACGCCCCGGCAGAGCCAGACACCAAAUUUUACGUUCAGAGGUAUACUGAGCUCCUCUCCGAUCUGAUAAUUGGCCCAGCUGGCUGUACCAAAUCACCUACACGUCGUCAGCUUGAGAAGAAGCUGGAGCGCGACAAUAAGGGAGCCUGGCACGCCACCGAGCUGAAGUACCUCUUCGACAUCUUUUGGGAU